GCGUACCGCUUCGUGGCCUACUCGGCCGUCACCUUCUCCGUCGUCGCCGUGCUGUCGGUGUGCGUCACGCUGCCGAUGGUGUACAACUAUGUGCACCACGUCAAGCGCUCCAUGCAGAACGAGAUCACCUUCUGCAAGGGGUCCGCCAAGGACAUCUGGAGCGAGGUCAACCACCUGAAGAACCUGCCCACCGGAAACCGCACGGCCCGUCAGGCCGGAUACGGUGACGCCGCCGUCGGAGGAUCGGCCUCGUCGGGAGGCUCGUGCGACUCGUGCUGCCUGCCUGGUCCCGCCGGACCCGCCGGAACCCCCGGAAAGCCCGGACGCCCCGGAAAGCCCGGAGCCCCUGGACUCCCCGGAAACCCCGGACGCCCGCCACAGCAGCCUUGCGAGCCGGUCACCCCUCCCCCAUGCAAGCCUUGCCCACAGGGACCCCCCGGCCCUCCUGGACCCCCUGGAGCCCCCGGAGAUGCUGGAGCCCCUGGCCAGCCUGGACAGCCGGAAACGAUGCCGCCCCCGGAGAGCCUGGACCCAAGGGACCCCCUGGACCUCCCGGAAACCCCGGAGCCCCCGGAGCCCCUGGAGAGCCUGGAGCCCCCGCCGUCAGCGAGCCGCUCGUACCCGGAGAGCCUGGACAGCCUGGAGAGUCCGGACCCCAAGGACCCCCCGGCCCACCUGGCCAGCCUGGACAAGACGCCUGGACAAGCCGGACAAGCCGGAGAGAAGGGUAUCUGCCCCAAGUACUGCGCCAUCGACGGCGGAGUCUUCUUCGAGGACGGAACGCGCCGU